AUGGAGGCAAAGUUAUGUGAAGAUGCUUCGAAAGUCUUAGAUGCAAUAAGGCAGUCCAUUACUUCUGAAAGAAUGGAGAUCACCCCGGAAAAUAUUGCUAGUGCGGCGAUAUGCACGUUUCUGGAGAUGAGUAGGAGAAAUGACCAUUCGAAAGUGCAGGAACUUCUUCAGAUAAUUCUUGCACAUAAGAAUUACAUUGCCGAGGAAGACAGCACAGAGUUGAUCAGAAGAAUCCUUUUCUCCUUCAAGGAGAAGAAGAUCUAUCUUCAAGGAUUUCGUAUAAUCAAGCAUUUUAUGAAAAGUGAAAAAUACUAUAUGCCUCACUUCAGAAUUCUUGUUGAGGAGUGUUUUGGAAGGAAAGGAUUUAAGACGAGGUCUGUAGAGCUGGCGAAGAGGUAUUUGGGGAUGGAAAAGUUCAAGAAGGAGCUUCUCGACCAUAUAUCCAAACUCCAGACCAUUAAUCUGAUAAGGCACAUCAACUGCUUCUUCGAUUCUAUCAUGGAUAGGAUUGAUGUGGAGUCGAAGCUUGAGGAAUUUGUGAGACCGACCAUCUUCAGCGAUAUGGAUUCUGAUGAAGCUAGGGCACUGUACUCUGAAUGCUGCGAUCUGCUUUACAACUACACAGUGAUGAGGAUGAAGACCAUUGAGUCUAAUGAAAAAUCCUUUGAAUACAUCAUGAAGAAGCUUCUAAUUCUUUUUGCAAUUCCUCUUCCUAGAGGAGGAAAGCUCCUGAAGAUAUUCUCACUAUUAUCAGAAAAGGACUUAGUUACUUCUUUAAAAAAUGGAGUUCAUCUGAUGAAGCUAGACAGCAAUCUCAAGAAGGAGGUUGUGAAGGAGAUAUGCGAAUCAAAACUGAAGAACGAUCAAAUAUACGAGUUCAUCAGGUCUGUUAGACACAUUCUUAUCCCAGAGUUUAUAGAUUUGAUAAGGCACAUGGCGAGAAGCUUUGUGGAGGGAGAUGACAGGUAUCGGUUUUCUCUUGGGGCCAUUGCAGGGAUCAUAGGGCUGGAGGAUUUGUUUCUGAUAUUGGAGGAUAUUCCUAUAGAGAUUAGGACAUGGGCACCUAUUAUAAGAUGCUCUUCAAAUGAAGACAUAUCAUUUUUUAUAAAGCUGUACCGUGGCAUAGAAGAAAAGAAGGAGGCGGAAUCCAUGGAUAAGACCGUUCUUUUGAACUGUCUUCCUGCAUUCUGUAACUAUGGGACGGACCGUAACAAUUCGAUCAAGACGCUUCUUCAAGUAAUGAAGGCCAAUAUGGGCGAUGCGAAUGUCUUUAACUCUAUAUGCACAGGAAUAAGGAAACUAAUACAUUCACACGAGGGUAAUAUCAAAAACACCCUGAUCCUUAGAAACCCCAUUCCACGUAGCGAAUCUCAGAGGAUUCUUUGUGCAGUCCAGGAAUCAGCGAUUGCCCUGGAUAUUCUUUCCAUGGCUAUGACGAGAAGUUCGGAUGAGCUAGACCAAACCUUAUUCAAGCUACUUGAAACAAACGACUUUGGUGUUUCUCAUAGGAUAUUCCAAUACAUCCUUCUCUAUCCACAGAUUGAAUCGGUUGCAGUUGGGAAUUGGAACCUGACAGGGCUUGCCGAUGUCUUGAAAGUCGCAAGAUACUUCGUUCCGGCUAUGAGUUGUGACUUUGAAUUUUAUAGCAAGCUCAUAGACCUUUCCCUUUCUGAGGACGGAUGUGUCCAAAAAAGAUCAUACCAGCUGCUUUAUCACAUGAAGCAGCAUCAAAAGAUUGAUCUAUGCAUUUGUGACACUCUUUUUUCUCACGAGAUUGAUGAAAAGACAAAGGAUUGUUCCCAGAGAUGGAGGAUUUCUCUGGUCUAUUCCAUUUACAUGAUUGGAUGCAAAUGUUUCCCUAGCAGGAAGAAGGAAUAUCUCAACAAAAUGCUUCCCAUGCUUGUUGUAGGGCUGAAAACAGGAAAUGCAAAGACUAAGAAAACUUGCUUGGAAAGCUUGGAAGAGCUUGUGUCUGGAUUCAAUGCUUCCGAUUUUGACUUCUAUUCCAGGCUUAUGAUAGCUGGGAUGGAGUCUGAAAGUAUGGAUCUCAGAUGUGGAAUAUUGGAAGCAUCUACUUCGUUGAUAGAGAACCAUAAAGAAAAACUCUCUCAAGAAUUCAUCCUGUCCAUAUAUGAUGCAUGCCUGUCCACAAGCAAGUUAGGAAGGGAAGUUGUUCCACAUGUUCUUAAACUUCUGAACACCUUUGCUGGGAUGCAUGCAAUGAACCUUCAAGGAUGUGUGGAUGUCCUGGAAUUAUAUGCAGAUAGGUUCAAAAGAAGACAUGGCAAGGAUAUCAAAUCCAUUGUACUGAGGCUCAUGAGUAGAGAUGUAGAAAUCCCUAAGAGUCUCAAGGCUCUCUUAAAAGAAAAGAAGAAAAGAAAACCUCUCCCAUCUCUACAGAUAACAAAGAAAAAUGAUGUGAUGAUUACACAAGAAAAGAAGAAACAGCACAGCAUAUUCGUAAGACAUAGGAAGACAUCAAGACAGAAUAAAAAGCACAAGAAAUAA